AUGGUUACCACAGUUGAAUUCCUCGGGUCCGAACUAUGUAAAAUCAGUUGUCAAAGUGGAUCAACAAAACAGGCUUGCGCCAUUGAAUCUGCAGCCAAAUGGAAUCCAAACCGCACGAUUCUCGUUACAUUUACUUCAAAAGUUGGAUAUUCGUUGAAUAGUUCUGUAUCACCCAUCAUAGCAGCUCUAAAUGCCUAUCCGAAUAUCUAUUUUCGAAAUGUGGAUUUGACACGGUAUUCAAUUCAAACGCCAAUGGAACAUUGGUUUCAAAACGAUCAACUGUUUCUUUCUCAAUAUCUCAAUUCGCACACUUCGGACUUUCUGCGAUACGCAUCGAUGUUCAAGUUCGGUGGAAUUUAUUUGGAUUUGGAUGUUGUAGUUCAACGUAAUUUUAAUGAAUUACCAUCGAAUUUUGCCGCUGCUGAAAGUGUUCGAUUCGUAGCAGUUGGAGCUAUGGGCUUUCAACCGAACGGAAUCGGACAUGCAAUUGCAGAGCUGUGUGUUAAAGAAUUUUCAUCAAGCUUCAACGGUUUUAAAUGGGCUCACAAUGGGCCAGGAAUUUUGACGAGGGUUUUGAAAAAAAUAUGUCAAGCACAGCUUACAUCCGAUAUGACACCCGAAAAAUGUUUGAGAUUCAAUGUACUUCCACAAAACACUUUUUAUGCCAUCAAAUCGAAACAAUGGCAAAUGUUUUUUAAUCCAAAUGCAACACAAGAAACACUAAGACUCACACGGAACUCGGUGUUAGUUCAUGUUUGGAACAAAUAUUCAGCCAGUCAAAUUAUUCGAAAACGAAGAAAAAAGACCGCUUAUGAUGUUAUUGCGAGCAUAAAUUGCCCAAAAGUUUAUCAAGCAUCAGGCAAUAGUUUUUGA